AUGGCCAGUCAGACGCGUACUAUCCUCUGCAGCCAUCGGGAGGUGGUUUUCGCUCCCCCAAGUUUGGCUUGGAAGAUGCUGAUCGAGAAGAUCCGUCGGCCCGAUAAGUACGUUCCUGGCGUGACGAGUGUGGAGGUCGUUAAGGAGCUGGGCGGCAAUUCAAUUGAGCGCAAGAUGACUGCAGGGGGCAAGGUCAUUCACGAGAUCAUCGGCGCAGAUGCAACGGCCAUGACUGUCAUCUUCCGCAUGCACCAGUCCCAUCCCAUUCUCAGUGGCUUCGUGACGAACACUGUCCUGCCCCACGAGGGAGAGCUGGGAGGUGGAGCAACUGAGGGCGAGAAGGAGCCAGAGAGCUGCGUGAUUGACUACACGAUGUGUUGGGAAGCGAAACCAGGUGCACCUGAAGAUGCUGUGAAGCAGAUGCAAGAAAUGCUGCCAAAGAGCUGUGUCAACGCAGUGACGCACGCCAAGGAGCUCAUGGAGAAAGCGGCCAAGGGCGAACCUGAGUGA